UGAACUCGGAUAUCGUACUGUCUCUGUCUGACACAUGAGAUUAAACAAAGACACAAUAAUACUCGAAUCACUCGAGUAAAGCUUCUGAACUCUGCCCUGUAUGCACGGUCUUCUGGGGAGGUCGAAAAAGUCUAUGGGUCGAAACCACGGGUCAGAAGGUUUCUCUCUGUCAGAACUACGGAACUCACGAAUCGCAAUCAACGCAACCUAAAUCUCUUACACCACGUGUUAGGUCAUGAAGUUAUGUUUUUACUUUUGAUAACUGUACGCUAGUGAAUAACCCUCAAAACAUACCAACAAUCAAGAUCAAAUAAACAUGGUAGUAAUUUUUUGCGAUGUACCGUGUGUGACCGAGUGACAUAAUCGUUUGAGGAAUUUCUGUCAGUCCGCAAGCGGCCAGGCUUGUGUUAUUUGUUCCGAGUUGUACUAGUAAGUGACCGGGUCAGCCUUAACUACUAUCGUUAUGAUAUUAGAAAUGAAUAUUAACCGAAAAUGAACACGCAAUCAGAAGCAGCCAUCGGGAAUGGUGGUGAAUCUUCGGAAGAAUCUGUUCCAAUCCUGACGGGAGUUAAUAUUUCAACCAGAUCUUGGACGACAUGGAACCCCCUCAAUAUAUUCACCUGCCCGCCAACCUACGGUCAUGCUGUCGUUAUUUUAAACAGGCCCAUUCGGCUGAAACGCAGCAUACUCCGAAAUGUUUGGAAAAAAGCCCGUGCUACAGUUACCGUUGACGGAGGAACAGAUCAAUGGAUAAUGUACCUUGGUUCUCGUGGAGAAUCGGUGAUGAAUGGCCAGAGCAAAGAAUUUCUUCCCGAUCUAAUCACUGGCGACAUGGACAGUAUUUCACCAGCAACGCUUCACAAGCUGCAACGCUUAGGGGUCCAUGUGAUAAAUACCCCUGAUCAAGAUGCUACGGACUAUACAAAAGCACUGCUUCAACUGGGUAUUUACACUACAGCGAAUAAGAUAAAUCUUGAUGGGAUUUACGUGUUUACGGAAACAUCUGGAAGAUUGGAUCACAUAAUAGCCAAUAUCAACACGUUGUUCCAAAGUAAAAAGCUUGUUGGAGAUACCCAGGUAAUACAAGUUUCCAGUGAUUCUUUGACAUGGCUUCUACAGCCUGGGACUCACAAGAUAUCAAUACCUGAACCAUUACUGCAACGUAAUUCAUGGUGUGCUCUGAUGCCCAUUGGAUCUCGAGUUACAAGCAUCUCGACAGCUGGACUUAAAUGGAAUUUGGAUUGUGCGACACUGGAAUUUGGCAACAUCGUCAGUACUUCCAACACCUAUUCUGGCUUCCCUGAAGUAACAGUUACUACAGACACUGCAGUGCUCUGGUCCAUGGACAUUGAACCACUUACAGAAAAUAUCUGUCCCGAAAGUGCACUGCCAUCUUGAACAACAGGAUGGGAAACAAAAAUCUUUCUUAAUUAAAAAAUUUCGAAUUGAAUUCCAGCCUUUGUUCAAAUACUAUCGUCAACUGUACAGCGCUGCAGUAAAUUGAAGAUCUCUUUUCAUCAAUAUUUUACAUUAGAGAAAAACUAUAUUUAUAUAUUUAUAUAUCUCGAUAAAUACAAUACUUUACGGUUACUGUACAUAAAAAUUAUACGUUAUGUACACUUGGGGACAAUGAAUCUGCGAGGGCUAAUUUUUUUUACACUAGACAGUUAUGGUGGUAACACAGAAACCUACAGCGCCAUAGUCGGCCAAGCGUGAAAUCAAUUCAAUCUCAAUAAACAUAACCAAAGAACAUAGAUGUACAUGGAAGCACGGGUUCCGUAUCAGCCCCCUGACACCACUGCUCGUAUACUAAAAAAUUGUACGCAUUUUGUCCCCGUUUUUUAGUUCCUCUACGUGGCGCUAGUAGACUUCGGAUACGCUCGCUGGUCGCGCGCAAGCUUGUCAGACAACUACUAACGCCACUAGUGGUGGAAAUUGGCGGCAGAAUCGAGGGACAUUUUACGAACCACUUUUAGCAGCGUAUGUCAGGAGGCUGUCCCGUAAACGUUGAAGCCAACAAUUUAGUUCCCCAAAUCAACGCUUGACGUUGCCACUCGCUCGUAUGUGUGAGCGGCGCUAUGUAGUGGUGCACGCAUCGACUGGUACACGGAAGCGGAACGGCGCGAGCGUUUCCGGCGGUUGCGGUGAUAAGCUCGCUCAGAUCAUCCCAAGAGCUGGCUUCAGCGGGCCCUAAGACAUGUGCUUCCAUGUACGUUUAUGUUCUUUGAGAUAACUUAACUCAUGACCGUCGAAUCUAACCUUAGAAUUGACGUGUCAAUCCAACAAGUUAUUAUCCCCGCGGUAUUCUAUGGUUAGAUUCGACGGUCAUGGGUUACGUUAAGUUUAUUGAGAUUGAGUUAGUUUCGCGCUUGGUUGGCUAUGGCGCUGUAGGUUUUUCUGUGUUGCCAACAUAAUUGUCUAGUGUAAAAAAUAAUCCGUCUCAGAUUCAUUGUCCCUAAGUGUACAUUGAUUAUUGCUUAAAAAGAAUUAAACGUCCAUCAUUAUCAAGUUUGUCCGUUGCGGCACAUGUUAUUGCGUUAUAUUAUUAUAUUAAAUAGUAUUCUUUUUUACAAGUGCAGGUAGUGGACGAUUUCCGAUGAUUAUGAAAUUUGCAGCGUAAAACUGCGCAUGCGCCAAAGAAUUCCCAAGCGUGUAAAAUAUAACAUUUUAAUUACGCGCAUACGUCAACGUUGUUUUACUGAUCUCUGUGGAAAUGGAGCACUUUACCCACGCUCCACAGGCUUCGAAAACCAAACUUUCCGCGCAGGUGCUGGUAAAUAAUUGUUUCACCGAAAUAUUAUUUUUGGAAUAGUUUGUAAAUCCAGCAAAAUUCUUUGCUGUUAUUCGAUUCUGAUCAUUUGGUAUCUUCCAUCAAAUAAAAUAAAUAUGUAAAGACACCGAAGUCAAUACUUUAUGAAGUGAUAUAGGUCUCAGUGGCUUAUAUAUCAAUUUACAAUAAUGAAGGAAGAAGUAAUUUUCUAAAGUUGUAACUCCUACAACAAUUACACUGAAAGUUGUCCGUGUACAGUCAAACAAUUUUCUGUUUUCAUUAUUCAUUCAAACCCACUCGUAUUUUCACUCACCAUCUGGCGAGAACCACUGUUUUUUGUGUUUUGCAAGGUGUACAAAUAAUUAUAGUUAUUCAUUUAUGUAAUCAUAUCCGACGUUCUAAAAAUAAAAAUUAUGUUGAGCAACCAAAGUAAGUAGGAAACAGUAAUGUCAACGUCGUAAAAAAUUGCAUUAGGAAACCAUGCUCUGAUUAGUAUCUUGUGACUUAACGCAAAGUACUAAGAAUUAGAACUUCAAAAUUAGAUUUCUGCACGGAGGUAAAUUCUUAAAACAGAGUAACAUUUAUGCGAGUAUUGUUAUACUCCGAAAAUACUGACAUAAGGUAAGUAAAAUAUACAUGAAUAAUUGGUAUCAAUAGUAUAUUUCGGGAACUAGUAUAAAUAUUAUGAUACGUAUCGGCGACCUAUACUGAGAAGUAUCCUACGUAAAAAAUAUUAUCUAAAACUUUGAUUCUAUCUGUAUUAGUAUGACAAUUUCGCUUGUAGAAUUGGAUAAAACACGUACAUGCCUACGUAAGUGCGUACAAGAUAGUGAGGUGCAUAGUAUAUUGGAUGUAGUAUGUUACUUAUGAAAAUACAGUUCAUCAUCGAGUGAAA